CCUUGCACUACAAAGCCCUCGCUAGGAACAGAAAUGCCCAAGAUAUCAAUGACGAGCUGCGACUGCGCUGAACCAUAUCUCUAACAGGGCUCAUGUCAGACGUGCAUCAACUGCCGCAGGAUCUAUCGCUCAUGAAAAGACGGAUCUGCAACUGAGGCACGAGGCUCCAGCCUGUUUCUUACGCCCCACACCUGCCCUCUUCGUUGGAGUCCUAUUACAGUACUGCCGCUGAUUCCUUUCGCUGGCGCUGUGUCAUAACUGGGCCACCUGCCCGAUGAUUUUCGUUUGGACUUGAUCGCUCUUGCAUCUUCCCGAACCUCUCUGUCUGCUCGUGGAGACGCAUUCGAUCUACAGCAGCGUUGGACCACACAUCAAGUCGGCACAAUGGUGUUCUGUACAUACUGCGGGCAGUCUUUCACAAGAGAUGAGCAUCUCGAACGCCAUAUUCUUACUCACACCAACGUAAAGCCGUUCAAAUGCUUCACAUGUCAUAUGUCAUUCGCCAGAAGGGAUCUUCUACAACGACACUACACGGUACACGGCAAGGAUCAGACUGGACAACAUGAGAUACCAGCUGCGAGUGGUAUGAUACCGAAGUCAGCAGGACGAACACCAAUUGCCUGCAGCAAUUGUGCAAAGACGAAAACGAAAUGCGAUAAGAAAUUCCCGUGCUCAAGAUGUGCGGGCCGGAACCUAAGGUGUACACUACGGCCAACGAGGAGGGUCUCAAAGAAUGCUGCUCGUGCGAACAUGCCGGCAGAAGGUGCUGUAGCAGUGCCUCUCAAUGCACAACAGGCGGGCUCUGAGAACAACACACAGCCAUCUGAAGUGCAGCAGCAACCGAGUCCACCGGCGGCACCAGCAGAUAGCCCGCAGCAGCCACUGCAAGUGCAACAAGCGGUCACGAAGGACACCAGUCCCAAGCCGACGAUGGCAUCGAUUGCAGAAGACACACAGCCCGCCAACAAUAGUGACACAGCUGGGACACAGUACCCAGACCAGCCCUCCACCAGGCCUACACCACCAAGCUCGUUCUCUCCCGAAGCACACACGACUGGGUUUAUGCAACAGACGCCAUUGUCGGGAUAUACAGAGUUCGCGAAUGCUAUGAGCAAGGAUAGCUCUGACGACGAUUCUAGCCCCCGUUUCAUGUUAGACUGGAGUCAAAUGCAAAUGCCGAUCGGCUACGAUGGACUGGUGCAACCGCACAUGAUCAUGAACACGGAGAUCGGAUUCGACGCAAACAUGCUAUCAAAUCCUGAUGCAAUGUUGAGCAUAUUGCCGACCGUUGAUGACCCGAUGGCUUCGCUGGUAACGCCUUUGGAGACACCCAAGAUGGAACGAACUUUUGCCGACCUCGAGCUUUCCAGCUCUGCUGCAGCAUAUCAACAACAGCGACCACCGAUGACAUCCAUGCGGACAUCUCGCUCGAUACAUUCACAAGCUUCCACGCCUCCUUCAGACAUAAACUCUGAGCUACCCGAAAUCAUUCAGGCCCAAGAUGCCUGGUCAGUGUUUCGUUGCACGCCGAUCUUGCCGUCUUCGGCUUGUCCCAGGACGGCCAAGAGAAACCUUGAGCGGUUAGAGGACACUCUACGGAAUCGCGAGGGCUGGGCGAGCUGGAGUCCUGCCUGGGAUGACACCGACUUGGCUGGGGCUGAUCAGCUGACAGUAAUGCAGCUUCACGAAAGUACUCGCGACAAAUUGUUGGCCAUCACGCAAAGCUUCCUCCACAAGGCGCUCGAAAUUCACCGGGAGGGCGGCAACCGUCAAAGUGUCGAUUCGGGCUACCAUACACCAAACUCCUACUACGGUUCAAAUUUUGUAUUGUUGCCACCCGCGCGCGUUCUGGAGUACUUUCUCCGAUCAUACGCAAACAGCUUUGAGCGCUAUUUCCCGCUGACAUCAAAGGGAAUCUUGGACGCGAACGAGUUAUUGCAUUGCUACAAUGAUCGUGCAGCAAGCCUACUAGUCCUGAUGAUGAUUGCUCAAGGCGCAAUGAGCAUACAAUCCACGGAAGCACGCCUAUUGACAGGCGGACUGACCGAAGCAUGUCGGAUAUCGCUCUUUGAUCUCAUAGAGCGAAACAUCAUCAUGUCUGCUGACCCUGUCGUACUGCACUCGGCCCUGCUCUUCAUCGUUCAGGCAGCCUGGAGUGGCGACAAGUGGCAGAUGGAUAUCGCGAUGGGCCAACGUGGGAUGUAUCUGGCCAUGCUACGACACUCGGGAAUGCUGGAUAAGGCCACGACAUCGUCCAACAUCAACCAACAUUCAACACGAGACCAGUUAUGGCAAGAAUGGAUCUCGAACGAGUCCAAGAGUCGACUAGUCUAUUCAUGGAUCAUGGUUGAUCAGGAUCUAGCAUUAUUCCAUGACACCGCUCCGCUCUUUGCUGUGUCCGAGUUUGCUGUACCCAUGCCUGAUGCUGACCGUCUUUGGCAAGCAAAGAGUGCUGCAGAGUGGUCGUCCAUCUUCGAGCAAGUGCAUGAGUUUUCAGGAGGAUACUCUUCCGUGGGGUCCGGUGCUAGGCCGCUGUCUUUACGCGAUCUGUUUCGCCAUUUCCUGGACGAUGAGAUGAUUCCGCUUGGCAUUGAGAUGACACCUCUACAACUUCGAUUGUUACUGCAUCCUCUCCAGGCACUGGUUCAUCAGUACAGUCAGCUCCUCACUUGCUUCUCCGAAUCGCGCUCGAGUCGGAACCAGAGCCAGCCUCGUGCAGUCAGUGCGUCAACGACACGUAAUCGCCUCGAAGAAGUCCAGUCACUUCUGGGAAGAUGGUUCGACUUGGCCGAACGAUACCUUCGCGCAAACCCAAUGUGCGCAGUGAUGCAGACGAAUCUCGUCGUCUUCCAUCUCAUCAGCCUCAAUGCUGCCACCAACUUCCCAGAAAUUGAACGACUAGCUCGUCGAGAGAAUUUCGAUGGCACUUACCAACAACUAGUCUGGACGCACAAGCGAUGCAUCCAUGAUGUUGAAGAAGCCAUCUAUCAUUGUGGCCAAAUCCUGCGUAUUGUUCGAAGUAUGCCACGGACCGUUCGCCCUCCUUGGUGGGCUGGUGCCAUCUACCGCGCAGGCCUGGUACUUUGGACCGACAGUCUCACACACAAGGAACAGUCCUCGCCGCGCAAUAAUGGCAUGUUCCCAUCUGUGCCCGGCCCUUCCUUCGCGAUCGAUGCUCUACCGGCCGAUCAUCCUCUCAUCAUACGAUACCUGACCAAGCGGGAAGGCGUGCCAUGCGUGACGAAACGUGACGGCUCUCAGAUGAGUCUGGAUCGUGCAUAUCCUGUCCUGCAGCACUGCAUCGAAGUCAUCGACGAAGGAGCUUCCAAUCGAUUCUCAGACGGCAUUCGGUCGAAGAUCGAUAAGCUGGCUCGAGGUUAAAGGACAGACCUCGUCGCCACUGGGCGCCAUCACUCCUUUCGGAACACAGCAAUUUCCCCUUUCCCGCAUCCACUGUCCUUUUUGUGUUCUUCAUCGCGCUAUGGGUGGCGAAAACUUUAUUCUUGCAAGCAUGGUGCGAUAGCGUCGGAGUUCUUCUUGUUUGGGCGGGCGUGUGCAUAGGGUGGGAACAAACGAUGUCAUGUCAUUUGGAGAGAGUUCCAAGCUCCUCUUCGGUAAUGUUUGAAAUGAAGGAAGGCAGGCUAAGGAUCAGGAACAUGAACAAAAGCGAUGGGCGCAGAGGAACUGCUGCUCGCAGCGGACAUCGCUCCUAUAUACAACGAAUGCUCAAGGGAAAGUUCCGCGGGCUACGAGAAAGCUAGCUAUUAUUUGUGUUGCUCCCUAAGCAAUCUGCGCUUCCUUCGGGAUUUCCUAUGCGACCGUUAUUAAUGCACCGAUUUUGGCCAGA